CAGAAGCGCAGCCAUUGUCCUGCGCGCGGACGCUGGCAACCGUUCUGCAGCGUAGCCUUUCGAAGUUAGCCCCAAGCGAUCUCGCGGAUGCUGAGUAGGGAAGAGGACCAGUCUAGUUUACCCCUAGUCUGACGUGGUGCAGAACCGAGGCAGGGGCCUGCUUAACCCGAGUACGUUCUGCCGCAGAGCCGAGCCGGGCUCCAAGCAGCGACAGGACCGGCCUGCGCUGCCUGCGCUUGGACGCCCAGCAGGUCAGCACCUGCCAAGCCUGGAGGGGAGCAUGGAAGGGCGGGAGGAGAAGCCCCCAAGGCCCUUGAUAGCCUAUGAACAGGACUCUUUCCCUCCUCAAGAGAUUAUCAUCAAGGUAGAGGGAGAAGAUGCUGGGCCACUGACCAUUCCAUCCCAGGAAGGAGUAAACUUCAAAAUUGUGACUGUGGACUUCACGCAUGAGGAUCAGGGCACUUGGAACCCUGCUGUAAGGACUCCAGACAGAGACAGAGGUGUAACCCUGGAGAACCACAGGAACCUGGUCUCUUGGGACCUAGCAACUGCAUUUGGAAGAAGAGAAUCAACCUUAAAGCAGAACAUUUUUGAUGAACUCUCCCAUGCAGUUAAGAUAGAAAAGUUAGCAAGAGACGAUCCUUGGCUGUCUUCAUGUGAAGAAAUUUAUAGCUUUAAGGACCAGUUGGAGAAACAACAGGAGAAGCAAGGGAGACUUUUGCAAGAAGUGGAGUUCACUCAAAGGAAAGCAGUUAUUCAUGAAAGGGUCCGCAAAAGUGAUGAACCUAAGGAGAAGUAUGGUGUUAAUUCCAGUGUUCUUUCACUUCCCAUGAUACCCAUUAAAAACCAUUUUCAUAAACAUGCAUCAUAUGUUAAAAAAUUGCAUCCUGAUUCUGUUGUAAACAGUCUUCAGAAGAUUAAUGACAGUGAUGAACUUUGUGAAAAUAAUAAAUGUGGGAAACUCUCUCAGAACAUACAUCUCAUUCCGUUUACAAGAACUCAAAAAAGAGAUAAAUCCUAUGAAUUUAGGGACAGUAUUAAGCCUUUUAGUCAUGCAACACCCAUAAAUAAAAAUGAGAAAAUUCAUUCAGGAAGUAAAAGCUUUGAUUUUAAAGAAUGUGAGCAACUUUUGAACUGUGACUUAUCUCUUAAUGAACAACAGAGGAUUCCUUUUGAAGAGAAUCAGUAUAAAUGUAGUCAGAUUUCUCAGAAUUCAUCCAUUGCUCAAAACAUGAGAAAUCCAUCUGAGGAGAAACCCUUUGAAUGUAAUCAGUGUGGGAAAUCUUUUAGCUGGAGCUCACAUCUUGUUGCACAUCAGAGAACUCAUACAGGGGAGAAACCGUAUGAAUGUAAUGAAUGUGGAAAAUCCUUCAGUCGGAGCUCACACCUUGUUUCCCACCAGAGAACUCAUACCGGAGAGAAACCAUACAGAUGUAAUCAGUGUGGGAAAUCCUUUAGCCAGAGCUAUGUACUUGUUGUGCACCAGAGAACUCACACUGGAGAGAAGCCUUAUGAAUGCAGCCAGUGUGGGAAGUCAUUCAGGCAGAGCUAUAAGCUUAUUGCACAUCAAAGAACUCAUACCGGAGAGAAACCCUACGAGUGCAGUCAAUGUGGGAAAUCAUUUAUCCAGAGUUAUAAACUUAUUGCACAUCAAAGAAUUCACACUGGAGAAAAGCCUUAUGAAUGCAAUCAAUGUGGGAAAUCCUUCAGUCAAAGUUAUAAACUUGUUGCUCACCAGAGAACUCACACAGGGGAAAAGCCCUUUGAAUGUAAUCAGUGUGGAAAAUCUUUCAGCUGGAGCUCUCAGCUGGUGGCACAUCAAAGAACUCACACUGGAGAGAAGCCCUAUGAGUGUAAUGAGUGUGGAAAAUCUUUCAACCGCAGUUCUCAUCUUGUUAUGCAUCAGAGAACUCAUACUGGAGAAAAACCCUAUGAAUGUAGUCAGUGUGGGAAAUCCUUCAGCCAGAGUUAUGUUCUUGUUGUACAUCAGAGAACUCAUACUGGAGAGAAGCCCUAUGAGUGCAAUCAGUGUGGGAAAUCCUUCAGGCAGAGUUCAUGCCUUACUCAACACCAGAGGACUCAUACUGGAGAGAAACCAUAUGAAUGUAAUCAGUGUGGAAAGACGUUUAGCUUGAGUGCUCGACUUAUAGUACAUCAAAGAACUCACACUGGAGAGAAACCCUUUACAUGUCAUCAGUGUGGGAAAGCUUUCAUUAAUAGCUCUAAGCUUCUGAGGCAUCAGGCAACUCAUAAUGAACAUAAACCCCAUGAAUAUAGCUAGUUUACAAAUCUUCAAACCAGAAUUGAUUCCUUCUACUUUUGUUCUUUUUAGAGGUUUAUUUUAAUGGAGUUUGUUUAGAUAAUGUAUGCUGAUAAACUUGGUCACUUGUUUGUUAUGUUUCUAGAAUUUUGUAUGAAGAAAAUGGGAAAAUCUGUGUACUGCACAUUUUUAACUUGGUGUCACUUGCAAAAUCAAACUUGGCAUUACAUGCAUUCCUGGAAAAUUAUUAAAUAUGGGUGCUUUUCCUUGCAGAAAGCACACAGUCCUGAAUUGGAGAGAAAACCAAUGAGGUGUGGACCUUUUCCCAAAAAGAGCACAGAAAAGGUAACACUGGUGUGCUUGUUAUAGAGAAGGUUGAAAGAUUGCUGUAGUGUUUGCAAUGUAGGUUGGAAAACAGUGUUACCGUGUGUCAUUCUACAGCAUGAUUUCCCCAUUAAGUAGUUUACACACUUUUAAAAAAAUAGCACUUUCUGUUAUAAAGUGAUGAUUUUGAGAGGACGAAAAGGAAAAUGACUAUGAUACAAAAUGGAAAAAUGCUGGAGAAAAAUACAGAAAUAUUUUCUGGAACUAUAUUUGUGUAUGGAUCAAAAUUGAAAGAUUAUGAAUGUAUCUAUUUGAUAUUUUGGUUUAUGUCAAGCCUUUUUUCUUUUAGACAUACAUAAUGUUUUGCUAUAAUUGAUAUGAUUAGAAAAAUUAGUUAAAUAAAAAAGAAACAGUUUUCCAUCUUGUUUAACCACGUAGAAAAAAAUGAGUAGUCAAAUAGCAAAGAUCAUCCAGGGUUCUGAGAUUUCCAUUUGUCUUGGCAUGAGCUAGUCACUCCUUAGGGCUUGGAUUCCUAGGGAUGUUGAUAAAGAGAACUUCUGUAAAUAGCCUGAAGCCUACAAAAUGUUAGGGAAAUACAGAAUAACCACUGUCUUUUGCUUCUAUAAUUUGCUUUGCUUCUUAGGACAACAAUACCAGAGGUUUCAUCAUUAACUACAAAGCUUGAAAGCACAUAGCCCCAGUUUAAAAUGUUAUAAGAUUAACAGAUGCCGGAAAUGCAUAGCUUCAUCCCCAGGGUGAGAUCAGAUGUUCAAACU